AUGGUUAUGCUAUCUGCCUGUGAAGAGCUGGAGACACCUGAGCGUACCAGAUUAAAGCGUACCAGAUUAAAGCGUACCAGAUUAAAGCGUACCAGCUUAAAGCGUACCAGCUCCUCACCUGUCUGGAGUGUGCUCGCCCAUGGGCACGGCAGCCCCCGGCCGAAUCCCGAGCGAGCGGCCGCGCUUGGGGCAGGCGGCGGAGCAGGGCAGGCCCAUGUGCACGCCGCGCCGGGUGACGGUGGCCGCAAAGUAGCACGCGCUCUGGAAGUGGCUGCAGCGCGCUCGCCCUGCACAAGAACACGCACGCCAGAUAUCUUAGGGUACGAGCACAAAUGGCUCGAAAAUGGAUAUAAUGAGUGUUUCGUCACGGAGGAAAGACUGGUUCACAGAGGACCAUCUCUCUUUUAUGGUUUAAUGCACAAGAGUUACAACACUAAAGAGGACCCAGCAGUAGAGUGUAUUGACAACGUACAGAGGCGGGAUGAAGAGAAGAAGGAAAGAGGAGGAAACGAAUUGCCAAAUUGUGAGCGGGCAGAGAAGCGGCUCGUCGCUGACGGCGAGUACUCACGCAGGCGGUGGCCCUUGCAGCUGGGCUGGACGCCGCCGCCGUUGACGCAGAAGUCGACGUGGCCCACCUGCGCCUCCUCGCCCAGCGCGCCGGCGUUAGUGUGGAUCACCUGCACCACUUGGGCGUCGUCGCGCGUCAGCCGGAACGACGUCGACCCGAAGCGGUCCACCAGCGGCCGCGCCGGGUCCAGCCCUGCGACGCGUGGCGCGCACACGCGCGGUUACCAGGGAACAAAUGAAAACAACCAGCUAGUUGAAAUACCUCUCAUUCCUGGAACCCUCGAGCAUCAUUCAAUGAAUGUGGGUGAGGUGGUUGGUCAUCAUGCCGCAGAUGUGCGCGCCCAGGCUGUGGCCCACGCAGUGCGUCUGCUUGGCGAGCGCGCCGUUGAACGUGAGGUGCGAGUAGAGCUGCGCGGAGCACUGCGCCACCAGCCGCGUGUUGCUGAGCGCGGACAGGUCUUGAACCCCUCCAUCCGAAAAUCGAACUCAGGUUUAGAAGAACCAGAAUCUCCUAGUCUAUUCACAGCAGCCCAAAACACUGGUGGGAUUCCCGGUCGCGAAAAUACAUGUGACUUUAAAGCAACAUGGGAAGAUCAAAUGUGCAUGUUGAAUUUAGAUACCUUGCAACAAAAAGGACAAGUUAACGUGUUUGCCUUUGAAGCUGCACCCAUCUCCGCCUCUCGAAACCCACGUCGUCUCUCUCGUUCAUCACGACCCAUCGACCCCGUCACCACUGCCUCCCGCUGCUCUCCGUCCCACCGCUCUUUCCCUCGCCGUCAAAUCCUCUCCUUGUGCCCCCUGCCACCGUUUCCAUACAUUCCUAACUCGACCAUCACCAUCGCCACUCGCGGUACCCUCCAAUUGGACUCGAAAAUACCUCCUCCCCUUCGCUCCCCUGCCCCACAUGUCUACUACCGUCACCACAGCCUCCUGCUGCUCUCGUCCUCGACCUUUCCCUUCCCUUCCCCAUCCUCUUCCUCCUCCCCCACCCGCUGCCACCCGGAGGAGCCGUUAGCGCCGGCGGAACGCGCCCCGCCGCGAGCUGCUGGGAUGGUCCGGCGUUUUUUACGCGCCCGUUGGCCGCACCCGGGCAAAGAACCGGCACAGGCUGUUCGCGAAACGGGCGAUGGCCUUUACGAGGAAGAGAAUGUUGAGUCUUCAGUUACAAAGAUGGGAACAUGGGAACAGAAUGGUGAUAAGAUGGCUAAAAUAUCUGCUACAGAAGAAAGGAUACAUAUAAUGGAAAAAGCAUAUGAUAUCACCAGGAACAUCUACAAGAAGAAAUGUCUAUCAAGAAACUCGGCUAGACGUCGGAAGCUGCGUAACGCGCCGCAGGCCCCAAGAGAAUGCAGUGCUUACCGCGGCCGCCGCCGGCGCUAUUCGCGCGCUGCGGCGCGGCCAAAAGGGAAAGCGGCCGUGACCCUGACAUCCGGCGCGCGGCUGACUAGACGCCAAACACGGGAUAAUGUGGAUGGAAGUAUUAGGCAGCGAGUGUCGGGCAGGUGCAGCGCUAAGCGCGUCACUUUCGCUGUUUCCUCAGGGUCAUCGCUGUGGCACGAGGAAGACUUCCCCUUCGUCCGAGCUGGCGGACGCUGCCACUCUAUAUCCCUCGUCUUCUCACCAUGGGGCUUGCCUUUAUUUAACUCUGAUGCCUAUAUUCGGAGGCCAAAUGGCAAUUUUGAAUCACUAUUUAUAUACAUAUUAUUUCAGAAUGCCGCUACGUCACCUGCGAAGGACACACUCGUUUCGCCAGCUGAAAAACCGUACGGGAGGUUGUGCAGCGAGUCGUGCGAAGAAAAUGUAGAAGAGAUGAAUUACAUAAUUGCAGACAACAAUGUUGUUAUAUUAAAUGAAAAAAAUAGCAUAGAAGAUUUGACAGGAUUAGAGAGUAAGUCCCCACGUGCCUGCAAUCGAAGGCGCUUUUCAGGGGCCAACGCCCCCGAAGGCACUGACCGAGAGAUGAACAGCGAGUCAGACGCGAUGGAUGACAUAGACCUUAACAUUCUCGCAGAGCGUCCAUGA